AUGGCGCAUUAUAGUCUUGGACCGGAUGAUGCAUUCGCAGGGGCAGUGUCUGCGGCAAAGGCGAACGAUUCAAGUAGUUACUAUCCGCAGAAAGCAUAUAUCUCGGAUCUGGAGUCCUCGUCAUCCGUCCUAGAGGCGGUAAUCGAGGAGCCUCUGGCGGGGACAGAACAGGUCGUUCAUAACCCACAUCUGGCGGACGAAAAUGACGAGGCUCAUGAUGCGGAUAGGGCUGAUAUGUCAUGGGCACAAGGCCAGGGUGUUGAAAUGCAGGGUCGACACGAGGCCUGUCGGUGGGAUGCCCACAUUGCUGCGACGGGGUCCUCGACAUCUAUUCAAGACUGA